GCACUUCCUCAGCCUGAAGGUCAAACUAAAGCGGGCAGCUCUCCUAGCCGCGCAGGCGCAGAUGUGCGCCGGUCGCCAAGAUGUCGGGUUCCAAGUAUAAGCCUGCGCCCCUGGCUACUCUCCCCAGCACCCUCGACCCCGCAGAGUAUGACGUGUCUCCGGAGACCCGAAGGGCGCAGGUCGAGCGCUUGAGCAUAAGGGCCCGGCUUAAACGGGAAUAUCUGCUUCAGUACAACGACCCCAAACGCACAUCGCACAUUGAUGACCCCGCCUUGAUCCGUUGGGCCUAUGCAAAAUCAACAAAUGUUUAUCCUAAUUUCAGACCCACUCCAAAGAACUCACUUUUAGGGGCUCUGGCGGCAUUUGGGCCCCUCAUCUUCUGGUACUAUAUUUUCAAAACAGACAGGGACAGAAAGGAAAGACUUAUCCAGGAAGGAAAAGUGAACCGAACUUUAAAGAUGUCCUAUUAAAUUUGGCAAGGAUGAUGACUCUGUUCUUGCAUAAAUAAAUCUUCUGUUAAUCACUGAA